AUGAAUAGCGUAGGGGAGGCCAGCACGGACAUGAAGCGCGAGUACGAUCAGUGCUUCAAUCACUGGUUUGCCGAGAAGUUCCUCAAGGGGGACAGCUCCGGAGACCGGAGCACCGACCUCUUCAAGCGCUAUCAGCAGUGUGUCCAGAAAGCAAUAAAGGAGAAAGAGAUUCCCAUUGAAGGACUGGAAUUCAUGGGCCAUGGCAAAGAAAAGCCUGAAAGCUCUUCUUGACCUUGACAGUCACCUUGAAAAUAGACUCCUCCAAUCAGGAAAUUGAGGACACUGGAUUUCGUCACUUAAGGCUGUGAAAAUAGCCAUCGAUUUGAUGAGUUUAGGAGGGAGGAGUUUUCUUUCCUUCUUGAUUUCCUCUCACUUGUAAAAGAUGAUGAACCAUCACUCUUUGCUAUGAGAUGAUUUCUCACUUGCUCUGGCAUCUUGCAGGAACUCCAUGUGCUUAAACUGAAUGACUUCUUGGGAUUAUGGUUGCAGUACUUGGUCUGGGAUCAGCUUUAAAUAUCCUUUGUAUGUAAAUACUGAUAAACUUGUCAGGAUGAUCAGGGUUGCCUGACCUCUUGAGUUUUGCUGCAAAGGACAUUAGGUACAUUGUACUAGGGUUAUUAUUCAUGGAAACAAUUGGUUACGAUCUCUCUUUUCUCUCAGGGAGCUAAGGCUCUGAAAAGGGAUCCCAGCACAACAGUCUUAAUCAAUGCUUGGGAGCACG